AUGGCAACCAUAGAAGACAAGAACGUGGAGUUUGUGCGAACGGGUUACGGAAAGAACAUUGUGAAGGUGCUGGUCAUCAGGAGACAGGGCAGCCACCACUACAUCAUCGAGCUCAAGGCCGACGUGGAGAUCACCCUCAAGUCCCGCAAGGACUAUCUGACCGGCGACAACUCCGACAUCAUCCCCACCGACACCAUCAAGAACACCGUCCAUGCCCUGGCCAAACUCAAAGGGGUGCGGACCAUCGAGCAGUUCUCCAUGGACAUCUGCAAUCAUUUCCUGACCUCUUUCAACCAUGUUCUGAGAGCUAAGGUCUCUAUGGAGGAGGCUCCGUGGAGACGGCUGGAGAAGAACGGGGUAGAACAUGUUCAUGCAUUCAUCUACAGCCCGGAAGCUUUUCGUUUCUGUGACGUUGAGCAGAACCUCAAUGGAGCUCCAGUGGUUCACAGCGGGGUGAAAGACAUGAAGGUGCUGAAAACCACCCAGUCCGGCUUCGAGGGGUUUUUCAGGGACCGCUUCACCACCCUGCAAGACACCAAGGACAGGUGCUUCUGCACGUCCGUCUAUGCCAGGUGGCGGUACAACAAGGUUCAGGACGUGGACUUCAAUGCUGCAUGGAAGACUGUGAAGGAGACGAUCAUUGAGAGGUUUGCCGGCCCCUAUGAUCAAGGGGAGUACUCACCGUCUGUGCAGAAGACCCUUUAUGAAUCGCAGGUUCUGGUCCUGAAGAGGAUUCCUGAGGUGGAUGAAAUAGAGAUCGUCAUGCCCAACCAACAUUACUUCAUCAUAGACAUGACAAAGAUGGGUAUUGCCAAUCAAAACGAGGUUUCUGGGGUCAAGAAAGGCGUAGUUGACUCACGUGCAUUCUCUCCUCAACAGGUGCUUCUUCCUCUGGACAACCCGUCCGGAAACAUCACGGGGACCGUGCGCAGGAAACAGCUAGCCCGACUUUGA